CAUUAACUGACGGACACUGUUCCGCUACAGUAUAUUGCAGCAUGAAGAAGGAGCAAGUUGAACAUUGCCAAUUUUCGGUCUGGUAUCCGAUAUUUAAGCAACAUACAAUUAAAAGUCUGAUUCUUCCACUGCCUCAGAAUGUAAUAGACUAUUUACUGGACGAUGGGACACUGGUAGUCUCUGGGAGCGACCGCGUUGCACAGCAGACGCAAAUUAACAACGAUUCAGAUGCAGAAGAAGACAUUCAAUGGUCAGAUGAUGAAACAACUACCACUGUCACAGCUCCUGAGUUCCCAGAAUUCACUGCUAAAGUGCUGGAGGCCAUAAAUGCUUUGGGUGGACUUGUUUUUCCCAAACUCAACUGGAGUGCCCCAAGGGACGCUAAUUGGAUUGCACUGAACAGCUCCCUCCAGUGUCACAGUCUGAGUGACAUAUUUUUACUCUUCAAAAGCUCAGACUUCAUCACCCAUGACCUCACGCAGCCGUUCCUUCACUGCAACGACCAGGAUUCACCUGAUCCCAUCAUCAAUUAUGAGCUAGUUCUGAGAAAGUGGAGUGAGCUGAUCCCCGGAGGAGAGUUCCGCUGCUUUGUUAAAGAAAAUAAACUGAUUGCGAUCUCCCAAAGAGACUACACUCAGUAUUAUCCGCACAUCUUGAAACAGGAGGAGUCGAUCGUUCACGCUAUAGAGGACUUCUUUAACCAGCGCAUCCAGUAUAACUUCCUGGAUGAAGACUUUGUGUUGGACGUCUACAGAGAUAGCCAGGGGAGGGUGUGGCUGAUUGAUCUGAACCCAUUUGGCGAGGUCACGGACUCGCUUCUCUUCAGCUGGGAGGAGCUGACGUCCGGUGGAGAAAUCACUCAGCAGCAGGAAGGCCCCAUCUUCCGCUACACCACCAGUGAGGUGACGGUGCAGCCCAGUCCGUGCCUCAGUUACCGAAUCCCACGCGACUUUGUGGACCUCUCCACUGGAGAAGACGCCUAUAAACUCAUCGACUUCCUCAAACUGAAGAAAAGCCAACAGGAGGAGUCCGAGGAUGAGGAGGCUGAUACUCCACAGUGUUGACGCGCAGCGGAGUUGAACAUCGAAUUUAUCUCUGCAUGACGUGAUUUCAUUACACCCCUGCCGUGUUUUGGAUGAUGCUGUGUUACUCCACCGACAAUCAAUCAAUCAGGGCUUUUCACAAGUGACAUUCAAGCAAAGACAAGAAUACCAUCGGGCUAUUUUCGAAGCGGGUUUGUUGUUUUCAGUCCAGAUCAUGUCUGUAGUUUCUACAUGCACAGUGAAGUCUUGAACAAACUUGUUCAUUCCAAACUCCUGAUCAGCUUUUUACUUACUUGCCCCAUCCGUCCCUGUCAAUUUAGUCUGAGCACUUCUGACACACUCAUUGCUCCAAGUCGCUGCAGGCACCCCUUAUUUCUGUGAGUGUGUGCCGUUUCCCAUCAUGCAUCGCUGUAGACUGUGGCCCAGACGGAACCCCCAUUAAACUUUCUUGUCAUA